AGGAUUAAUCCCCAUCACCAAGCCUUGACAAAGUCCUCUCCUCCACCGCCCCCGCCAGCACCCAGACAGAUCCUGCCGACCACGGGGGCCUCCAUGUCCACCGGCGGCGGCGCGGCGAGCCCGGCCCUGGCGCCGGACGCGGACGCGCCGGCCGGCGAGGGCCUGGCGCUGGCGCAGUUCGCGGCGGGGUGCUUCUGGAGCGUGGAGCUGGUGUACCAGCGGCUCCCCGGCGUGGCGCGCACGGAGGUGGGCUACUCGCAGGGCCACCGCCACGCGCCCACCUACCGCGACGUCUGCGGCGGCGGCACGGGGCACGCCGAGGUGGUGCGCGUGCACUACGACCCCGAGGCAUGCCCCUACGCCGCCCUCCUCGACGUCUUCUGGGCCAAGCACAACCCCACCACGCUCAACAGGCAGGGCAACGACGUGGGGACGCAGUACAGGUCGGGGAUCUACUACUACACGGCGGAGCAGGAGAAGCUGGCGCGGGAGUCGCUGGCGGAGAAGCAGCAGGAGUGGAAGGGCGCCAUCGUCACGGAGAUCCUGCCGGCGCGGCGGUUCUACCCCGCCGAGGACUACCACCAGCAGUACCUGGAGAAGGGCGGCCAGUCCGCCAGGAAGGGGUGCAGCGACCCCAUCCGCUGCUACGGGUGAGAGGUCACGUGACGGCCGUGCUCUGCACUGUGUCGCCAGGGACCAUGGUCGACUGAAAACUCUGUGCUGUGAUUUGUGUUUGUACCGGUACGUGUCACGAUGGAUGUCUGUGUUGGAAAACUUGGAAUAACGAAGUGGAUUGCAAAGGUGUCUUGGAAAACA